AUGGCCGCCGACGCCAGUGGUGAGCCCUCGACCUCUUUCGUCGUGCUACACGUCGCGGAGAAGCCGUCCGUGGCGCUCGCCAUCGCAACCGCGCUCUCGGGCGGUCAGCGCUUCCGCUCGGUCGACGGAGCGCUUCCGACGCACGAGUUCACUGCUCGGCUGCCUCUCGGAAACGCUGCUCCUUCGCUCCGCCGCCACCGCGUCACGUCCGUGCGAGGUCACGUCUUCGCGCUCGACUUUGCGCCCGGGCCGCUUGACUCUUGGGACGCUGACCCGGAGGGCUGCUUCGCGGCUCCGACCCUGAAGAGCCCUUGCAGCGCGGGCGUGGUCGGCCACCUCUCUGCGGUGGCGAGAGGCGCGGCCGAGCUCGUGCUGUGGCUGGACGCGGACGCGGAGGGCGAGUCGAUUGCGUUCGAGGUUGCGCACGUCUGCGAGCCUCACCUCUUCUCUUCACGCAAGUCCGUCCUCCGCGCCCGCUUCUCCGCGGUCUCGCCUGCAGCGCUGCUGGGCGCGCUGAAGACGCUCGGAGAGCCGGACGUGCGGCUGGCUGCUGCGGUGGACGCGAGGCAGGAGCUCGACUUGCGGCUCGGCGUGGCGUGGACCCGCUACCUCACCCGCCGGCUCGCCGGCCGAUUCGGCAGCCACCGCCUCCCCUGCCCUCUCUGCUCAGGCGCCCUCCGCGGCUGCCUCGUCUCGUACGGGCCUUGCCAGACGCCCGCGCUUGGCUUCGUGGUGCGGCGCGACCACGAGCGGCGCAGCUUCACGCCGCACCCGCACUGGGCAGUGGAGAGCGACGGCGGGGCGGGCGGGGCCUCGCUGCGGCCAGAGUGGUCGCGGGGGCGUCUCUUCGACCGGCGGAUCGCUCUGAUGCUGCUGCAGCGAGUCCGCGCGGCGGCGGACGACGGCGACGGCGCGAGCGUGCUCGGCGUCGGCGAGGAAAGGGAGGACCGGAGGCCUCCGUCGCCGCUCAACACGGUUGAGCUUGGGCGGCUCGCCUCGUCGCGACUCGGGCUGGGCGCCUACUCGGCGAUGCAGCUGGCGGAGGAGCUGUACUUGCGCGGCUUCCUCUCCUACCCCCGCACCGAGUCGUCCGGCUUCCCGCCCGGCUUCGACUUUCUGACGCCGCUCGAGGAGCUGGCGGCGCACCCCGCCUGGAGCGAGACUGCGUCGCGGCUGGUCGAGCUCGGCGCGCGGGGCAAGGACGCAGGCGACCACCCGCCCAUCACCCCCGCGAGGGCCGCCGGGCCGGACGAGGUUGGCGGCGGCGUGCGGUGGCGGAUGUACGAGAUGGCGCCGCACCGCACCUCUACCCCGCCGCCGGUGACGCAGACCUUCCUCGCCGCCCUCGGCUGCGCCGCCCGCGUCCGGCUGACUCGCGCGCGCUUCGGCGUCGCCGGCGAGGAGUUCACGAGCAGCGGCCUGGCGGUGGAGGAGGCGGGGUGGUACGAGGCGAUGCCGCACCGCCGGCCGGCAGAGGUGUCGUUGCCGCCGCUGCGGAGCGGGGAGGCGUUGCGGGUGCGGGUGGCGGUUUUGCGAGAGGGUGAGACCGCUCCGCCGCCGCCGCUGAGCGAGGCGGAGCUGAUUGGGGCGAUGGAGGCGGCGGGCGUGGGGACCGACGCCUCGAUCGCCGGCCACAUCAAGGCGAUCGAGGCGCGGAGGUAUGUCCAGCUCGUCGGCAGGGGCGAGCGCGGCGGCGACGCCUUCGAGCCGACGCCUCUCGGCCGUGCGCUCGUCGAGGGGUGCGCUGCCAUCGACCCGGAGCUUCAGGUGCGGUCGCACGUCGAGGCGCAGCUGCGGCGAGUGGCGAGCGGCGAGGCGCGAGAGAGGAGAGGAGAGACGGAGGCCGCGUCCCGCGCCGACGUGCUGCGCCACUGCUUGGGCGAGUUCCGCCGCAAGUUUGCAUUCUUCACCCAGUCGGCGCGCGCCGCCGCCGCCCCUUUGCGCCGCCCCCUCCUUGCACCACACGCGCACGCGGCACGCCCUCGCCAGCCGCUCGCGCCUCGCCACCGCGUGAUAGCUCCGAGAAUAGGCGCGACGCCGCAGCUCUUCCACCCGUCGAGCGGCCGCCUCUGGAGCUUGCCAGCGGGAGGCAGCGUCAAGCCCCACUCCGGCCGCAUUUGCCCUGCUUGCGGCUUCGAGCUCUGCCUCUUCUCGCCGCGCGCACCGCCCAGCCGCGCCUACCCCCUCUGCCCGUCCUGCUUCGACGACAGCCUCGACGACGGGGCGGCGGGGAUUGCAUCCACCGGCGCCGACGUCGACGCCUCCGCCGAGACGUUCGCUGCCGUGUACGCGAGCGGCUCUCCUCACGGCGAGUCUCACCCUGCCGUGGCGCCGCUCGUCGCUUGCGCGUGCCCCGUGUCCGGCCGGGAGGGAGGCGCGCUCCUGCUCGACCCGCGAGGAGGGCCCGAGUGGCGGCUCGUCUCGACCCGCGCCUCCUUCGCCUACCGCCUGCCGCCCUUCAUCCACUCGCUGCGCGUCGGCGCUCCGUGCGGCUGCGAUGCUGCGCGCGGCGGCGACGGCGUGGUCGGCUGCCGCUUUCUGCACGUCGAGUUCCACCGCGACUACUCGCCGAUUGAGGGGGGCGGCACGGCGCACACCGGCUGCCUCCGCAGCGACGAGCUGCUGCAGGCGCUGUGCGAGUUUGAGGAGGCGGGCGGCAGGGGGCGGGGGCGGGGCAAGGGCGGCAAGGGUAGCAAGGGUAGCAAGGCCAAGGGCGGCAAGGGCGGCAAGGGCGGCGGUCGAGGCGGCGCCGGUAAGGGCUGA